AUGGCAUCGAGCAACACUCCCGGGCACGCCCCGGUCGAGUUUGUCACCAUGGGCAUGUUCAUUCUCGAUGACAUUGAUUUCGAAGGACUCCAGCCCAAUGUAAAGAACGUCCUGGGAGGGGCGGCCUCUUUCGCAGUGGUGGGCGCACGUCUUGUCACUGGAAAGAAAGACGCCCAAGCUGUGAGCUGGAUCGUGGACGUGGGAUCUGAUUUCCCGCAAGACGUCCUGGAUCUCCUGAAAUCAUGGGAUACGGAUUGCAUCUUCAGAGAAGAUCAGAACCGAUUGACUACGAGGGCAUGGAAUGGCUACGGUCCCAACGAGAAGAGAGACUUCGAAUAUUUGACCCCAAAAUUACGCCUGGAACCUUCAAUGCUGUCUGAACGCCAGGUAUUCUCCAAGACGGUCCACAUGGUUUGCUCAGCAUCUCGUUGCAUCUCCAUUGUAGAAGAGAUUAUGCACCGACGUGAGCAACUGCAGCAGAAGGGCAAAACACCCCCGGGUGUCGAUGCCUCGAAAAAGCCAUUCUUCAUCUGGGAACCGGUUCCUAACUUGUGUACCCCAGAGGAACAAGAUAAAUUCUUUGCGGCGAACAAAGUCGUCGAUGUGGUGAGCCCCAACGAAUUAGAACUGGGAAUGAUGUUCGGUCAGCCUGGUUGGAGUGAAGAGAGCGAAUUUGGACGAGACAUCGUGAAGCGGAUCCUGGACUCUGGCAUUGGACCUCAAGGAGAGGGACUUAUAUCCAUCCGGGCAGGCAAAGAUGGCAGCUACUCAUAUACUAGAUCGCAGAGGAUUUGGUUGCCUGCAUAUCACCAACCGGGCACGUCCGGAGCUACAAAGGUGGUCGAUCCCACAGGUGCUGGCAAUUCGUACUUGGGAGCAUUGGCCCAGGGGAUGGUGAGCGCAGGUAGAGACCCGGCCAAAGUCAUCGACUCCGUCCUCGCGGGAUCUGAGAACUGGCGCAAGGCUACUCAAGACUGGGGAAAGCAAAAUCACUACCUCCCCGCGUUGAUAUUCGCUACAGUCGCAGCAAGUUUUGUGGUGGAACAGAUUGGCAUGCCUCGAUUAUCAACAACAUCCGACGGCACAAAAGAACUUUGGAACGAAACUGAAUUCACGGAACGGGUCCGUCUGUACACAAAGCGAUUAUAUCGAACACUGGAGGAGUCUCCCCAGAGACACCUGCGCGGUCAAUUGACCCACUGA